AUGAGCAAAGUUUUGAACUCAAGCGGAUUGUCGCAAUCAGAAAAAUUAAAGUGCUCCUCUUUCCGCUCGAAAGUCCAACCCAUUGUUUCAUUGUGCCCCAGUGAUAUUGUUUAUGCGAGCAUCGCAGUUGCAAUCCCCGGCGGAGUAGUCGCCAUCGCGACGGUGUCCGCGGGCGAGACAUUUCACGAGCGGCUGCCCGCCUGA